AUGGACCUCAGCCUCCUCAGAAGGACCUCAGCCUCCUCAGAAGGACCUCAGCCUCCUCAGAUGGACCUCAGCCUCCUCAGAAGGACCUCAGCCUCCUCAGAUGGACCUCAGCCUCCUCAGAAGGACCUCAGCCUCCUCAGAAGGACCUCAGCCUCCUCAGAUGGACCUCAGCCUCCUCAGAAGGACCUCAACCUCCUCAGAAGGACCUCAGCCUCCUCAGAAGGACCUCAGCCUCCUCAGAUGGACCUCAGCCUCCUCAGAAGGACCUCAGCCUCCUCAGAAGGACCUCAGCCUCCUCAGAUGGACCUCAGCCUCCUCAGAAGGACCUCAGCCUCCUCAGAUGGACCUCAGCCUCCUCAGAAGGACCUCAGCCUCCUCAAAAGGACCUCAGCCUCCUCAGAUGGACCUCAGCCUCCUCAGAAGGACCUCAGCCUCCUCAGAAGGACCUCAGCCUCCUCAGAUGGACCUCAGCCUCCUCAGAAGGACCUCAGCCUCCUCAGAUGGACCUCAGCCUCCUCAGAAGGACCUCAGCCUCCUCAGAAGGACCUCAGCCUCCUCAGAUGGACCUCAGCCUCCUCAGAAGGACCUCAGCCUCCUCAGAAGGACCUCAGCCUCCUCAGAAGGUAG